CGGCAGUUUAGUAAGCUAGGUUCGAUGUUUAGUUUAUAAUGAAUGAAGCAUGUUUGAUUUCGUAGUUUGCAGAUAAUUUUACAUUAUACUUACCUGGAAUGUUGAGAUGGAGAGAGGCAAUCAAGAGAAUGGGAUAAGGGAGGAGGUGAAGACUGAUGAACCAUCAUCACUGAAAUGCACUGAUCAGACUGUUUCUAAGGAGCUCACCAGAACUAUCUCAUCUGAAAACCAUAUAAACUCAGAGGAUGACGAUGCCCUUGUGGAUGAAAAUGGGAUGAAAGCGAGCCAAGAAAGGCCUUUAGAGCCACAGACAAAGGACUCUACAGCUGAUAAUCAUUUGGAAACAGAGGCACCCUCUGACGGUAGAAAAGAAGAAGAAACUGUUGACUUGCCUGCACUUUCCAGUGUGGACAGCGCAGGGGCUCAUUCUCUAAGUAUUUCUGAGGACACAACUGACAGCAUCCACGAUGACUCAGGUGAAUUUGUUGUAACUAUGUUAGCUAGGGCGAAGCUGGAAGAACAGGGCAUGGGUGUCAAGGGAACCUCAUCCCCUCUGUUAGAGACUGGGACUGCCGUGGGAAAUCCUGCUCACCAGGAUGAGGAUGUGACAACAGAAAGGUGGCGACAACAUCGGAAACAUGUGUUUGUCCUGAGUGAGGCCGGUAAGCCCAUUUACUCCCGCUACGGUAGCGAGGAGGCCUUGUCCUCUACCAUGGGUGUCAUGAUGGCCCUUGUCUCGUUUGUCCAGAGUGGCGACAACAUCAUUCGCUCUGUUUACUCAGAUGAGCACACUGUUGUGUUCAUGCAGCGAGGUCCCCUGGUACUGGUGUCUGUGUCCAGCAGCCGGCAGUCUGAGCAGCAGCUGCGGACUGAGCUGCUGUAUGUCUACAAUCAGAUAGUCAGCAUGCUCACGCAAGCCAGCAUCGCUCGCAUCUUCGAGCAUAAGAAGAAUUACGACUUGCGACGUUUACUGGCUGGUUCCGAGAAGAUCCUGGAUGGCCUGCUUAACCUUGUGGACUCGGAUCCAAGCUUCCUGCUCUCUGCUGUGCACUGCCUGCCUCUUGCCUCCUCUUUAAGGGACUCCCUCAGUCAGAUCCUACAGAAGGCCAUCACUCCCAAUCUGGUCUUCUCCAUCCUCAUCGCCAAGAACCAGCUGCUCACCAUCGUGCAGGAGAAGAUGGUGAUUGACGAUGCCAGGCUAGAUCCUUCGGACCUCCACCUUCUGCUCAACCUCAUAGGAGCCUCCUCCGCCUUUCAGGCCGGGGAGAUUUGGACACCCAUCUGCCUCCCCAACUUUAAUCCUGACUGCUACUUUUAUGCCUACAUCUCUUACCUGGACCCCCCUGAGUGCACUGUCUGUCUGCUGCUGCUUUCUACAGACAAAGAGGCUUUUUAUGCUGUAGCUGAGUGCAAAAGAAAGAUUGAGGAGGCGAUGCAGUCGCAGAACUCCCUGACUGCCAUAGCAAAAGCUCAGUCGUACAGCGUCAGUCAGGUGGGCGUGUCCGACCUGAGACACUUCAUGUACAAACCUUUUGAUGUGCCAGACAACUACCGCCAGCUAACACAGUUCACCAGUCCGGAGAUGGAGGCACCCUACUGCAGUGAGGAGGAGAAGAUGAGGUUACUGGAUCUUUACAGAGACAUGCACAGCCGCAUCCACAGCUCCUCGCGGCCCCUCAAACUCAUCUACCACGUGGCCGAGCGAGAGACUCUGCUGGCCUGGGUGACAAGCAAGUUUGAGUUGUACACCUGCUUCAGUCCCCUCGUUACAAAGGCCAGCGCCAUCAACGCUAUAACCAAACUGCUGCGGUGGAUUAAGAAGGAGGAAGACCGGCUGUUUAUUCGCUACCCUCCGAAGUAUUCCACCACACCCAACCCUAGCAAAAGCUCUCGUGGAGGAAAGGGUGGGGCCGACCAUACUGACAGUACAGAUAAUGGUGUUCUGCCUCUGUUAUAGUUUUGUCAUGUAUAGGACUCCAUUUUGAAGUCCCUUAAUGUUGUCUGAGCAUUAGCUGCAUGCUCACCAAACCAAUGUCUUGACCCUUAAACUAAAUUUUAUCGGAACAGUUUGUGGAGGAAUAUCCUGAAGGUCUCAUGUACGCAAUGUGUUAGCGUGGAGGAGUUCGCAAUGGGCACUGAUAAUUGAAAAGGCCUUCUUUGAGGGCUUGUUAAGGAAUUAACUAUUUAAGUAAAAAAAAAAAAAUCUCCUGGACUGAUUUUUAUGUGAUUUUAUUGUAUUAUAUACAUAAGGAGUUGGUUAUAUGACCUAUUUUCAGUAACUUAAAAGCUAAGUUAAGAGCAAAAGUUUAACUCUGAGUUCAACAGUGAUGUAGCUUGUAAUCCAUUCGGUUGUUAUAAAUGAUGCCAGCUUUGAUACAGUUAUCAUUUCUCAAGCGCUCUCAGGUGUGUUAUCGAAGAGCACCUACAACUUUUAUAACUUCCUUUGUAGGUUCCUUUCACCAAUUUCACCGUCGUUCAGACAACAGCAUUGUCUUAAUCCAUGGCUCCAUAAAUUAUGAAUCUUUCUCUGCUGCAAGUGUCAUUUUGCUUUGCAUGAUUCAUCAUUUUAUG